ACAAAACAAACCAGAGAGGACGACGGCGUGGAUUGAGAAGAAAUGACAUGAAGUUUUCCUAAAGACGGAUAAAAUUGGAAUUACAACCUUUUUUGUACUAGUAUAUGGGUAGUUUAAAGACAACAGUCAAGUGAGGAGGACAACUCAGCCACACUUUAACGUGCUGCUAAAGCCUCCAUAUUGAAAACAAGAACUCUUUUUUUAAAUUUUUUUUUUAUGCUUAAAAUCAAAUUUCCUCCAGAGAUUGACGAAAAGAUAGGGCGACUGAGACAGGGGAGGUGGCAGAAAAGUUUCCGUCAAGGAACUGAAGAUCUGUGCUCUGCAAUGCCUCUGCCCAGCAUUAGCGGAAUGGAUACUCCCUUUGGGGAUGCCUAUCAAAACUGCUCUUUUACUGACCAGGCACUGACCAGCACAGACAUGUUGGCUAACAGUUCUGACCCAGAUUUCAUGUAUGAACUGGAUCGGGACAUGACUUGUCGCCAGAGCCCUAGAGGAGAUAUUUUCACAGUUGGAGACUGCAAAGACUCGGACUGCAUGGAUCAUCUACCUGAGCUGGUAGACAACGACCCUGCUUAUUGCUCAAACUUUGAGCAGUGGGACACAUACUGGGAGGACUUGACUAAAUACACUCGCCUCACCAGUUGUGAUAUCUGGGGCACCAAGGAAGUUGAUUUCUUGGGCCUUGAUGACUUUUCCAGCCCUUACCAGGACGAGGAGGUGAUAGGUCGGACACCGACCCUGGCCCAGCUCAACAGUGAGGACUCGCAGCCAGUUUGUGACACUCUUUACCAUCCGGACUUGCUGGUGGGUCAAAAGCAGCUUUUGUUUCCACCUCCCACCGUGGCCAAGAAGACCAACAAACUCAGCAGCUCUGCAACCAGCGCCUCAUCGAGUCGCAACCCUCUGCCGGACUUCCCCGAGGGAUCCCAGAAAGCUACCUGGCCUGUUCCCUCCAGCACUGACACAAUGGCCAAGGCCCAGCUUCAGGGCCCUAGCAAAGCCUCGCUCGCACUUCUGGACAACAUGGAUUACGUGCGCAAAGCCAAGGUUCGCAUCAGCGUACCACGAAAGCCUAUAGUAGAGAGAUCCACCCAGAUUAGCGUUUCUGCCUCUCCUCUUAUCCAGGAGCAUGAGUCGUCAGCUUCGCAGGUCAGCGAGGACCCGGCCGUCGUCGCUGCUAACACGGCAUCCUCCAUUAGCUGCGAAAAGAGAGUGGAGACUCCUAAACGAGAGGUACCGACUUGUCCUGGUCCAGAAAUAGGGACCCUGAGGACGGUGCCACACAAACUGCACUUCCCUGCAGCUGCCGGCAGUGAAACCUUGCUCACCGUGAGUGCCCUUGGAUCCGACGUGUCUGCCGCUGACAAAAAGAAGGAGGAAGAGCACAACUACUCGUUAUUCUUAACCAGGGCCAGGCUGGCAGGGAAGGCGACUGCUGACAUGGAAGAGGAGGAAGAAGAGGAGGAAGAAGAGGAAGAAGAAGAGGAGGAGGCAGAGGCAGAGGCAGAGGGAUUGGAUCUAGAUGAUGAAGACCAUGAUGAAGGGUUUGGCAGUGAACAUGAGCUCUCGGAGAAUGAAGAGGAGGAGGAGGAGGAGGAGGAGGAGGAGGAGGAUGAUGAGGACUAUGAGGGUGACAAAGAUGACUACGUUAGUGAUGCAUUCUCAGAGCCAGGAUGUGACACUGAUAUGGGUGAUGAUGUCCAAGGCCUGACGGCUGGAAUUUCCAGGAAGAGGGGAAAGCGUCGAUACUUUUGGGAGUAUAGCGAGCAGCUCAUCCCAUCCAAACAGGAGCGCAUGCUGAAACCCUCCGAAUGGGACAGAGACACGCUUCCCAGCAACAUGUACCAAAAGAAUGGCCUGCACCAUGGAAAAUACACAAUGAAGAAGUCACGGCGGACGGAUGUGGAAGAUCUUACUCCAAACCCUCGAAAGCUGCUUCAGAUUGGCAAUGAACUCCGAAAACUCAAUAAAGUCAUUAGUGACCUGACGCCGGUUAGUGAGUUACCCCUAACCGCUCGGCCUCGGUCUCGAAAGGAGAAGAACAAGCUUGCAUCCAGGGCCUGCAGGCUGAAAAAGAAAGCGCAGUAUGAAGCCAACAAAGUCAAGUUAUGGGGCCUUGGAACUGAAUAUGAUCGUUUGCUGUUUGUGAUCAAUGCAAUCAAAGAAGAGAUCGUCAGCAGAGUACAGGAUAUCUCGCAUGACAAAGGAACAAGCAUGACAGAGAAGCUGGAUAAACUCAUUGAGGAUACCUUGGUGCAGCCACCAGUGGCCGGCCAGACUUCAGACUUUGUGAAUCAGAUCCUGGAGAGCACUGGGAAAGGAGAUCCCACCGGAGGGCUGGUGGGGUUGCGUGUGCCCACGUCGAAGGUGUAGAGUCACGCCGACUGGCACCUCGGAGCCAUCCACGCCAUUCUUGUCCCACACUGUAACGGCCCAACACUCUGCAUGCCCAUUUCACUUGGAGACGCAUCCUCACAUUUAAAGUGAAUACACGCAUACGGUACCCGCUUGUCCGUGCAUACGUAUGUGUAUAUUCACCUCGUGCGCACCAAUGGAAAUGAAACUAGUAGUUAACCUUUGCACUCAGUAGUCCGUUUCCUACCAUGUGUGCAUGUGGCUGGUAUCGAUCAACAGGCUGCCAUGUUGCAAAUAUUAAAAGCCAAUAUAUGAGAUACCUCCACCAAAUGAGAAAAAGAGAGAGAAAAGAGCUAAACGAUGAGCACCAGUUCUUGCUGUAGCCAUUUUCCUCUUGCGUCCAGCUAAAUCUGUCAAAUGCCCAUUGAGAGUUUUGGGAAGCAGAGGCACACUCUGCAGAGAAACUACGAAGGCAUUAGAUUCUUUGAUUUAGCGGUCAAAAAAGUGUAAAUGCAGACUUUCCGAGUUUUUGAACAUGGCGUGUACGAUUUCACCCUUGUUAGGCCUACUUUAUACACUUAUUAAUCUCUCAACUGAGGGCAUAAGUGUCCAGGAGAAUUCCUGUUCGAACCAAUUGCUUGACGAUCAAUUGAGAAGGAACACAAAUACCGAUGUUUAACGCAAAGUUACUGAUGUUCGGUGUAUAUAUGUAGAACAGGGAUGUUUCAAGAGAGUAGCAUGUGAGGAAGUGGGCCUCAAAUGCCCUUUCCCACAGAUUUGCGAUCGUCUCAGGUUGGUAGGAGAGAGAGUGUGUGAGGGUUUAUUUUUUUCUUUUCUUCUUCUUUCUUUGACUUGAGCAGAUGGUCAGUUAAAUCCCUUAUUGUAAAUAGGCAGAUCGAUUGAUUAUCCACUGGUGAAAUCUUUUCCUUUCUACAUUUUGGUUGAAGUGCCCUCACGUCAAAUCACCUUUGAUGUUGUUUUGCAAAUUCUCAGCGAAAGAGGCUUAAAAAGCUGAAUCCCAGACUGGGUUUUGUUUAUAUUUGUACUUUAUACAAGUAAGAUUCAUUGUGCCUUGUAAUCGGGGAGUUGAGGAAAAAUAAAACUCAAUAGAGAGUGUAAAUGGACCAUUUUGCAGAAAGCAAGAAGUCGAAGCUCUUUAAAGAUACUCUGAAUGUACAUAGGAACAUGGAGAAUAUAGAUAUAUGCCACAGAGUCUGUGCUUUGUAUCAUAAGAUGGCUCUGGCAAAUGUACUUUUUUCGGUACUUGGUUUAAGAGGGGAGGGAGGGGGGGGGUGGGAUGUGUCAUAAUAUAAGAAAUAUUC